CAAUGUGAACUGAGUGAUUCAAGGUUUUGCAAAAUCCUACAGUUAGCAGUUUUCCUGAAUGCAGCACAGUGACGUUUUAGACGUAGUCGGAGCUGAACUUCUACUGUGCUGCGUUCACCAGCAUCAUGUUCAGCACCUGACUGGAGAAGCACGGGGUCCAACCGGUCCAACCCAGCCUCUGCUGACAAGUUCAGUGUCGCUCUCCCGGUUGUUGAGAGGGGUUCGUAGUUAAAGAAGGUUACCGGUGUCCCGGCCGUGAUGGACCGCUGGAGGGGCAGAGUGGCUCUGGUGACCGGAGCCUCGGUCGGGAUCGGGGCGGUCGUCGCUGAGGAGCUGGUCCGCUGCGGGAUGACGGUGGUGGGCUGCGCCAGGGACGUCCAACACAUACAGAAACUGGCAGCUGAGUGUCAAAUCGCCGGCCACAGUGGCGUUCUGGUACCUUUCAAGUGUGACCUGAACAACGAGGAGGAGAUCCUCUCCAUGUUCGCCGCCAUCAAAGCGCAGCACAAAGGGGUGGAUGUGUGCAUCAACAACGCUGGCUUGGCUCAUCCAGAGUCGCUGUUAAAUGGCCAAACCAGCGGCUGGAAGAACAUGCUGGAUUUUCAGGGUCCUGGUGUUGUGCAUGCCGUCUCACUGUCUCACUGUCUCACUGUCUCACUGUCUCACCGUCUCACCUGUGUCGACGGGCACAUCAUAAACAUAAACAGCGGUAGCGGACAUCGUGUUGUUCCCAGUGCUGAUGUACAUUUCUACAGCUCCACCAAGUACGCGGUGACGGCCCUGACGGAGGCUCUAAGACAGGAGCUGCGUGUGGCCAACACCCACAUCAGAGCCACGAGUAUUUCUCCCGGUGUAGUGGAGACAGAAUUUAUUCGGCGGCUCUACAGACAUGAUGCUGAUAAAGCGGCUGCUUCAUACUAUAUGAAUGUAUGUAUACUAGCAUAUUAUUUCACUCUUUCACUUCUCUUACAGCCUUUGGAAGCAAUAGAUGUUGCUAACUCGGUUACCUACGUCCUAGGCGCCCCUCCCCAUGUGCAGAUUGGAGAUAUUCUGAUGCGACCUGUGGAGCAGGUGUCGUAGGCCUGCACCACGCAGACAUGUUCUUCAUCUGAUCAUUACAAGUACUUUAUCUGAUCAUGCAAUAACUUUGAUUUUGAAGGUUGUACUAUCAUUUUGCACUUACAGAAUAAAAUGUCUGAUUUGAAGAUGAA